AUGGAGGAUUAUCAUUUGGAAUUGGGAGCACAAUGGAUACACGGGGAAAAAAAUAAAGUAUUUAAAAUAUGCGAGGAAAAUCGUUUGUUGACGGAAGAACACUCGGGAGAGGGAGAAGGAUUGUACCUGAGAGAAAAUGGCGAAACGAUUGAUGAAUCACUCGUUCGAGAAAUCGAUGACGUCAUAAAAAAUAUAUUGGAAAAUUGUGAAAAUUACUACUACAAUGUGUCGUCAAUGGGAUUCGAUGAAAAUUAUCAUAAUUCCAUCGGUAAUGAACUUAUGACUAAAUUUAAUGAGUAUCUAAAUGAACAUUGUGCGGAAGAUUCGGUUAAGGUAAAAGAGAUAAAAAGGGAUUUGUUGGAUUGGCACACGAGAUUUCAAUUAAUCGAUAAUUCUUGUUCGGAUUUGCACAAUUUAUCGGCGAAAGCUUGGGGCCUUUUUAAAUUUUGCGGCGGAAAGGAUUACGUUAAUUUUAAAAAAGGUUAUUCCUCUCUGAUCGACGUUUUAAUCAAUAGCCUUCCGGAAAAUUCUAUCGUUUACGAAACUCCCGUUCAACGUAUCGAUUGGGUUUCCGAAGACAAUAAAACGAAACGCUCAAAUAUUACUCCGUACAAUGAUAGACAAUAUAAUAAUAAUAAUAAUAAUAAUGUAAAAAUAACAUGUAAAAACGGUUUGACUUUUUACGCACAACACGUUAUUGUUACUUGUUCGUUAGGGUAUUUGAAAUUAAAUUAUAAAACAAUGUUUUAUCCGCCAUUACCGAAUUAUUUAUCCGAGGCGAUCGAAUUAUUAGAUUUCGGAGUCCUCGACAAAAUAUUUUUAAUAUACGAGAAAAAAUGGUGGGAUUCGGGUGUGAAAGGUUUUCAAUUGGUUUGGUCUCAGAGUGUUGAGUCGGAGGGAGAGAGAGGGAAACAUUGGGGUAAAUACGUGACGGGUUUCGACGUCAUCAUCAAAGACAAACCCGUUCUGUUGGGUUGGAUCGGAGGAGAAGGAGCGAAAAUCGUCGAACGAUUGACGGAAGAAGAAAUCGGGAGAGACGCGACGGAUAUAUUGAGAAAAUUUUGCAACAGGACGGACGUUCCGCACCCUAAAAAAGUCAUCAGAUCGACUUGGUGGUCAAACGAAUACGUAAGAGGUGGAUACAGUCACAUAACCGUGAAAUGUGACGAGCCUAAAAUAAACGGAUCUAAUUUAGCUCAGCCCGUGUACACGACGCUUGGGGGGUACGAACCUGGAAUUGCAAGUGGAAUGACCGACGAACUUGACAAUAAACCUACAAUUUUAUUGGCGGGAGAAUGUACUCAUAUGAAUUAUUUUUCAACCGUUCACGGAGCCUACGAAAGCGGACAAAAUCAGGCACGGGUCAUAUUGGACUAUCAAAAACAAAUCGAUCAUUAG